AUGGUGAAUGACAACAAUCCUAUGUCUUCUUUUACUACUCCAAACCGUAAGCCCACUCUCUACUGUACUGAAUUAUUGCGACACGCUAAGUCCCAAUUACAUUGCACCCACUGCAAUCGCUUGGGACAUGAUAUUGCUGGCUGUUUUCUCGUCCGCGGCCUACCCGAGUGGUGGCUGGACAAAUAUGGGUCUAAGCGGCGAUCAUCUUCUCCGGUGAUGCCUAGUUCUGUCGUUCCUACUUCGCACCAUCUGCCAGCCGCGGUGCCUGCUGUUUCUCUGUCGCGUGCUCUGCCAGGUCGUGGGGAAAUCCCGCGACUCUGUCCCGCGGGUGCUGGUACACCACAGGUUGUUCUGCCAGGCCGCGGGGAUAUCCCGCGAUCCCACCCCGCGGCCGCUGCUACCCCUAUUGCUGCUGCCCUUCCUCGGUUGCCUACUACUACUACUAAUGCCUCUUCUAUCUUGGGUGUGUUUGAUCCUCCUACGAGUUCUAUGGCUAGUGAUUCUCUAUCAUUCUCAUGGAUUAUUGACACCGGCGCAUCCCAUCAUGUUACCGGCAAUGACAAUUUUUUACAAGAUGCUCAUUCUAUUAUCUCUUGUCCCGUUGGUCUUCCCGAUGGUGCUAAGGCCAUGGCUACUAAAGAGGGUCGUGUUGUCUUGGCGGAUGGCAUUACUCUCGAACAUAUUCUAUUUGUUCCGCAAUUGAAUUGCAACUUGAUUUCUGUGUCUAAGUUGAUUGAUGACUCUAAUUGCUUUGUCCGAUUCACUAAUUCUCUUUGUGCUAUACAUGAUCAAUCCUCGGGGAGCUUAAUUGGAGGCGGUGAACGGAUAGAUGGACUAUAUUAUUUCCGGCGUCUCCCAAAAGUAUGUGCUCUCACGGGUCCGGACAUUUCUACAUUCGAGUUGUGGCAUCGUCGUUUGGGGCAUCCAUCGGAGAAAAUUGUCAAAUUGAUUCCUGCUAUUCGAGCAAAACAAACCCGAGCCAUUUUUCCUGAUAGUGAUAGUCGUGCUAGUCGUAUUCUUGAAAUGAUACAUUGUGAUUUGUGGGGACCGUAUAAGAAGGCUUCUACUUGUGGUGCUCAUUAUUUUUUAACUAUAGUAGAUGAUUUUUCAAGAGGUGUUUGGGUUUAUUUGCUGAAUGAUAAAACUGAAGUUUAUUCUUCUUUCUGUUCUUUCUUUGCUAUGGUUAAAAAUCAAUUUGAUGUUACUGUUAAGUGUGUACGGAGUGAUAAUGGAACUGAAUUCAAACACAUGCUUCCCUAUUUUGAUGAACAUGACAUUCUCUUUCAAACCUCUUGUGUCGGUAAUCCUCAACAAAAUGGUCGGGUAGAGCGUAAACACCAACAUAUAUUGAAUGUUGGUAGAGCAUUGAUGUUUCAAGGCAAUUUGCCAAUUGAUUUGUGGGCUAAGGGUGACAAAUUUGCUCUUAGGAGUAGGAAAUGUGUGUUUGUGGGUUAUCCUCAUGGCAAGAAGGGUUGGAAGUUAUAUGAUUUUGAAACUGGUGAAAUUUUUGUCUCACGUGAUGUCAAGUUCUAUGAGAAUGAAUUCCCCUUUGUGUCUACUAGUGACUCUCUUGAUGCUAAUGUGGGUACCGAGGGUGUGUCACAUGACAAUGUGGUAGUUGAUCAUGAUUUUUUGGAUGAUUUGGAAAAUGUGUUGGAGGUCGGUGGAUCCUCUAUUGACCCCAAGUCAACACACGCACCGAGCACCCCUGCCACCGCUUGUGAUGCCGCUACCACUACAUGUGCUACCCCCCAUGCUCCUCACACUACUGCACCUUCUGUGCCCUCUACUACUGCUUCUUCCUCGGAGGCUGCUGAUCCGAGUCUCUCCUCUGAAUCAUCUCUUGAUCUUGAUCGUUGUCAACGACAUAGACAUCCCCCGAGUUGGCAUCGGGAUUAUGUUGCACAUACUAUUUCUGUUUCGAGUCCAUCUAUCAUUCCUGGUUCACCGUCUACUCCAUGCUCCUCAGGUACUCCCUAUCCUUUAGCAUAUUUUGUGAAUUGUGAUAAAUUUUCUGUGCGACACCGUGUAUUUAUUGCAGCUGUUGAUACGAUGGUUGAGCCUCGUAAUUUCAAGGAGGCAAUGCAGGAUGAGGGGUGGAAAGCGGCUAUGCAAACAUAA